ACAGAGAGCCUGGGCCGCUAAAUGCUCCAGCCUCAAAGGGACGAUGGUGGAGGGCUGGUAAAGAUGGCGGCGCUCUCCGAGGAUGGGAGGUAUGGAUUGAAUUGUGGCCAACAGAGCACAGAUAGAGUCACCGUAUUACACGUCAAAUUGACCGAGACGGCGCUGAGAGCCAUAGAGAGCCACCAAAAUUGUAUGAAUGUACCUUCUUUGCAGCCAACGAUACAAUUCAAGGGACUCCAAGGGCGCAUUAAAUUUCCCAGGACAGAUUCCUCCUCAGACACCUUCCACAAUUUUGAUUUUUACCUGUCUAACGUGGGCAAGGACAACCCUCAGGGAAGCUUUGACUGCAUCCAGCAGUAUGAGUCGAGCUCAGGGGCCUCACACCUGGCAUUGUUGGGCACGGUACAGGACAAGGUCACGGUGUGUGCCACCAAUGACUCCUACCAGGUGACCCGGGAACGCAUGACCCAGGCCGCCGAGGACACGCGCGAACGUGGGACCAAAGUCAUAAAGCCUGGGGGCCGGUACAGAGGAAAGCAAGUCCAUAUCCGCAACCCGGCGCUAUCGGGUCAGGACGUGGUCCCAGAGCGCAAGCGCUCCACACCCAUCAACCCAGCCAACACUAUUCGCAAGUGCCUUUCCAAUAACCCCGUCUCCCAGCGGCCGUUCAGGGACCGCAUCAUCCACCUGCUGGCGCUCCGGCCCUACAAGAAGCUGGAACUGCUGGCCCGUUUGCAGCGGGACGGUAUCAACCAGAAAGACCGCAACUCAUUGGGGACCACCCUGCAACAGGUGGCAAACCUUAACCCGAAAGACAACACGUACUCACUGAAGGACUUUGUUUAUCGUGACCUUCAGCGAGACUGGCCCGGCUACUCUGAAGAUGACAAGUCACAGGUCGACCGGAUCCUGGCUCGCAAACUAGGUCUUCCUACUGAGGCCCUCUCCUCAAGCAGUUCUCCCAAAGACACUGUCCCCACAUCCCCCCAGAAGCGCCAGGCAGACUUUGACUUUAUUGAUCCUUUGGCUCCCAAAAAAGCCCGCAUCUCCCACCUCAGCAACCGUGGGCCAGCCACCUCCUCCUCCGACCGCCCCGAGGACGAGGGCAGCCCCAGCUCUAAACGCCCGUCUCUACCCGCCAACGUCAACUCUGGCCCUCCCACCCAUCUCCCAGUCCCGUCCCACCCACCAGCACCCUCCCACCAGCAGCCCAGCCCAGCCUCAAACUCCAACUCACCCAGCACCCCGGAGGGCUGCGGCACCCAGGACCUGCCGAUGGACCAGAGCUCCUCCUGCAGAGACCCUUCACCAAGCCCGUUCUCCUCCGAUAGGACCCUGCAGGACCACUAUCGGCACCCCGUCCCCGUCCCCAGACCCGCCGCCUCCCUUAGCCCUCCCCCUCCUCCUCCUCGCACCUCCCUCACAGUUACCUCCACUGUCAUCACCAGCCCUCCCUUGUCCAGCAGUACCAACAAGAAGUUCAAAAAGAAAACCAAGAAGCACAAAGAUAAGGAUCGAGAGAGGGAGAAAGGGAAACGGACUGAAAAAAGUAGCAUAAGUCCUCCCAGUGUAGCAGAGCCGGCCGAAGACACUCGCAGAGCCAAAAAGAAGCGCAGUGCAGAAGAAGAGAACCAAGAAGUUAUCAACAAAAACCCUCACAAAGAUCAAGGCCCUUCAGAUAAAGAGAAACCAGUCCAAUCCACUGAAUUCUCCCCCACAGCGGAGACGCCCGACUAUGUAGUGAAGUACAUGCCUAUGAUGUCCAUGGACCAGCGGCAAAGUUACAAGGACGACUUUAAUGCAGAGUACGAUGAAUACCGCCAGCUGCACACCCGCGUGGAGAACAUCACCCGCCGCUUCACCGAGCUGGAUGCCAAGUGCCGGAAGCUGACACCCGGCACCAAAGAAUACCAGAAGGUGCAAGACGAAGUCCUGAAAGAGUACAAAAAGAUGAAACAACACAGCCCCAACUACCACGAGGAGAAACAGCGCUGCGAGUACCUGCACAACAAGUUGGCCCACAUCAAGCGGCUAAUAGCUGAUUUUGACCAGCGCAGAGCCCAGGCCUGGUGCUGAGAGCGCAGCACAUCUUCACUAAUCAGUAUUGAGAACGGUGUGUCCAACUGGCUGUUAUUUAUUAACACCCCUUCAGUUACUGCCUCCACAACAGCCCCCCACCUUGUUUCCCUUUUCUUUUUUUCCCCAUCAUGCUUUUUCAUUCCUUGCUGCUCUUCCUCUUUUGAUUCCACUGGCUUCAUUGUUGCCUGCAAUCUUGAAAAAUCUCACUUUGACUUUUACCCCCCAUCUUUUGCUUUCUUUAAGUUUCUUCUAAAUGGGCUCCUUUGGAACACCACUGGACCGGUGGAAGAUGCAGCCUGCAUGUGUGAAGGGGUUUGUGGGAAAAACGUCAACUCUUCUAAUAUUUGAAGGACUUUAUCUUCAGGCAAAAAAAAGAACAAAAAAAAGUAUUUUUGAGCAUCAGAGAAAAUAUUACCUUGUAUUUAAGUAAAAAAAGAAAGAGGGAGAUCUAUUUAUUUUGGGACUCGUAGUGCAAAGAAGAGUCCGCAGAUGAUAUAUUGUUUAACUUUUGUUGAAAACAAUGCAAAAAAAAUUACCACGGGCCUUAUGUGUUUUGACUUUGUGAAGCCAUUUUGCACGCAAGAUCCAUUAUGUCAUCUCAUUUGGCAAAGGUGUCUCACCUGCCUCAUUUCCUCUCUUCUCCUAAAAAACUGUACUGGAUCACCUUGCUUCAACACAGUACUGUUCAGUUUGAGGCUGAAGGGGAAGGAAAUGAGACGGGCAGGAGAAAUCAAUUGAGCCGAUUUUGAGAAGCAACAGUAUGUGUGCAUGAAUUGUAAAUUUAGUUGUAUUGGCCACAUGGGUUGGUGAGGGUGGGGUAACUCAAAGGAGUAUGACCCCCUGUCAGUAGGGGGCAGGAUUCCUGGCACCACCAGUGUUUAAUGUUCAUGGUGCAUUAUGGGUGCCUUAAGGUGUUUACACCCAGAAACGUCAAGUUGGGCCGACCCUUAGGGUCCACAGGCUACACAAAGGAACUAUAACUGCCUGGAAACAGGAUGUGUGUGCGUGUGCAUGUCGGAGAGCUGAAUGAAGGAAGGGAUGUAAAGUCUGAAAGGAGUGUUACAAAUAGUGUGUGUGUGUGUGUGUGUAUUUGUACGGUUGUGCAUUAUGUGGAGUGACAGGUGUACGAAAAAG